UCAACGUUAAUGUAAAUUUCAUUCAAAAUGGCGAAAUUAUCAUAAAGUUAUCUAAAUGAUAUACAUACGUUUACAUAGUUUAUUUGUUUGGAUAUUUGAAUGUUAAAUCGUUGUAAGGAUAAUAUAUAAAAGAUAUGGUUGUUCAAGAACCUGUUCAGGCAACAAUAUGGCAUUGCCUGACUUACUACGCCUACCAGGACGCAAUAUUCCUUGCAGAACGUCUACAUGCAGAAGUGGCAUCAGAAGAGACCCUUUUUCUCCUUGCAACCUGCUACUUUCGAUCCGGUAAACCCAACCGGGCAUAUGCCCUCCUCACUGACAAAGGAUGUCGAACACCACAGUGCAAGUACCUACUAGCAAGAUGUUGUUUGCAACUCAAAAAGUACUCAGAAGGUGAAACUAUUUUAGCUGGUAGUGUUCUAACAAAACAGCACACUCUAGAGGAGAUUAUAUCAGAAUACGGAGAACUUUCAUGCUUCGUUCUUUCACUUCUCGGCAAAAUCCUUAGUAAAUCUGAGCGACAGCCAAAGGCAAGUGAGUGCUAUAGGCAGUCUCUCAAGCUAAAUCCUUGUUUAUGGUCAUCAUUCGAGGCCUUGUGCCAUCUAGGUAACAAACCUGAUGCAGACAAGAUAUUCCAGGUUUCCAGCAUGCCUAAUCUAUCGAGCAAUCACCAAAACAGCUGUCCAAUUAUAGACACCGAGAAUUUGUCAGUCUCACAACAAAAUCUGACUUCGGAUGUGGUUUCCAUGGUUAUUGAUACGCCACAAGAUUCUACACCUGGUUACACAAGUAUACCAUUAUCUGGGAUAAAACCCCUCUCAGAAAUGGUUACUCCAGACAUCCCCAUCGAUACCCACCAGACACCAGAUGCUUCCAUGGGAUCAUUUGCCUUACCAUCGGCACCCAUGACCACAAAGUUAUCUAGGACACGACCAAGAGUCAACCGGGGAUUGCUAGGGCAACAGCAACAAACAAAUAGUCCGCUAACCCCAAGUUUUGGCUUUCUACCACUUGACACCCCAACCUAUGAAAAUAGUUCUGGUAACUACAUUACCCCAUCACCCCUUGAUCUUCAGUCUGCAGAUCUCAAAGCACCAGCAAAGAAAGUUAUGUCAAGAAAACCACAUAUUAAACCACCUGUUUUCAGUAUGUCUGGUAACACGAAGGAUAGUUCAACUAUGCAAACUCCAAGUCCACAGACAAGUGGGCCACAGGUGCUGUUUCAGACACAUGGUCUACGAAGAAGUUCACGAUUAUUUAGUAAUGCAAAUACAAAUUCAGUUAAGGAAAAUACUACCGGAAAACGAAUGAUACGAGGAAAAUCAAUGUCAAAAAAUGUAAAAGGAAAGACGAAAAGUAAACCGUCAAAACCAUCUACGUUAACCCAGCCGUCUGAUAUUAGUGACAUUCAGAAGCCUGAUAACACACCCUCGGAUUUGAAAUCAACGCCAGUUAACCAACAUGCGAGGUUACUCAAUUUCCAAAAGGCAUCAGCUGAGGGACUAAUGAGCCUACUAAGGGACAUUGGUAAGGCAUACUCCUCGCUAUGUCAGUUUGACUGUAGGAAGGCAAUUACUCAGUUUACUAAUCUCAUGCCACAUCACUAUAACACCGGAUGGGUGUUGUCGCAGGUGGGCAAGGCAAGGUUUGAAGUCGCUGACUACCAGCAGGCUGUAAAACUCUUCAAAGAAGUACGUCGGAUAGAACCUCAUAGGACUGAAGGAACUGCUCUUUACUCUACCGCCCUCUGGCAUCUACAGAAGGAGGUAGCACUGUCAUCAUUGGCUCAGGAACUCACAGAAUUUGAUAAAGCAUGUCCAGAUACAUGGUGUGCCUCUGGAAAUUGCUUUAGCUUACAGAAGGAACAUGAUAUUGCUAUAAAAUUUUUCCAGCGAGCAAUUCAGGUUGACCCAGACUGUGCGUAUGCCUACAUUUUGCUAGGCCACGAGUAUGUGUCAACUGAAGAGCUUGAUAAGGCGAUGUGCUGCUUCAGAAGUGCCAUCAGAAUUGACCCAAGACAUUAUAUAGCCUGGUAUGGCACUGGUAUGAUCUACUAUAAGCAGGAGAAAUUUAGCCUAGCUGAGGUACACUUCAAGAAAGCACUCAAUAUAAACCCCCAGAGCCCAGUACUGAUGUGUCAUGUAGGAGUAGUCCUGCAUGCCUUACAAAGGCCUGCAGAGGCCCUAGAAAUGCUCAAGAAAGCUCUGCAUCUAGACCCCAACAAUGCCCUCUGCAAAUUCCGCAAAGCAUCCAUCCUCUUUGCUAUGGAAAGAUACCAGGCUGCUCUUGAUGAAUUAGAAGAGCUUAAACAGAUUAUUCCAAAAGAAUCACUCGUCUAUUUUCUAAUGGGAAAAGUAUACAAAAAACUUGGUCAGACCCACCUAGCACUGAUGAACUUCUCCUGGGCUACAGACCUUGAUCCGAAAGGUGCUAACAACCAGAUCAAAGAAGCUAUAGAUAAACGAUAUUUACCAGAUGAAGAUGAUCCAGUGGCCUCCAUGGAUUUACCUGAGCAAAGCACCCCUGGAGUAAGUGAAGAAGAAGGCCCCCUAGCUGAUGGUAGUAUUUCACUGGAUAGCCUGGCAGAAGGUGAGCAUAUGCAGCUACAAGCCAACGAGAGUGAUGAGAGUUUAUGACGUUCAUGAAUCAAAUCAACCGAUAAAAUUCCCUCCACACAUGAGGAAAAAAGGAUUUAAAAUAGGUACAAAAUAGGGUGAAAGACCAUGGCUACAGAUUUAGCCCCAUUAGUUGCUGAAAUUAUGAAUUUCAACAAAGAUUCUCUUUAAAUCCCUUAAGUUACUGAGAAUGUGAAUGUUACUGACACUGGAGUUAAAAAGCAUUGAACUUGUCAAAGUUCUAUUCAGUCAACCAGCCCAGUGCUGUUUGUAGGCCGGUUGUUCCCUAGCAACGUCUACUCAAUGGAUCUUCCUGCUAAGCCCCUCCCCUUGGAUAUUGUUGCUAAGGUCCCACAAAACAACAGUGUAAUAACAUUGGUCGGUUGUUAAGUUUGAUUGACACAAUGGAAGGGUCCAUUGUAUCAGCAUUUACACAUAACCAGGGACUGCUGGAACAUACAAAAAAAUUUCUUCUAAAUCUUUAAUUUAUUUAAAAUUCAGAUGAAGAUGUAAAAUAUUACAUGAUAUAGCAAUGUUUUCAAUAUCAGAUUAAUAGUCAAGUAAUUAAACCUGCUGAAAUGUUCCCAUUAAAAUUCCUACCAUAUCAAAAAGUAUAGAUCAAUAUUGAAUAUAUAUCUGUUUUGAGAAAUUUUUAUAUAGUAUAUCUCAUCCUUUUUUUUGUUGUAAAUAAAACAAAAAAUUACUAAUCAAUUAAUAUUCCUAAGUCAUGUUUUUACUUUUCCUUCUCCAUUGUAGACCCAGAAAGGUUUCUUUGAUUAUCCAUAUCUUGAGGUUUAUAUGCAUUUUAGCUGUUUUCAACAAAAUCAUGGUAUUUCUCUGAAAAAUGUGGAUUCAAAUUUGGAAUGGUCUCCAUAAGGGAUGCAUUUACUGACAUUGGAGAUGUAAUUAAAUUGGGGUUUAUUUUACAUUGUACGGCAAGACCUUUUAAUACCUUGUUUUGUGAACCCACUGUCCACCGAUAAUGAUGAUUUUGAAUUAAAAAUAUAGUAUUUUUGGCCUUAGUACACCCAGCACAAUAAAAAAAAAUACUGCAAAAUAAAAUCUUUCCUACAAUUAAGUAAAUGUAAAGUAUUUUAUCAAUCUGAUUACUGAAGUGUUUACAUCGCAACAAUCGCUUUCAAAUCUCAAGUGAGGGCCUCCAUUACUUUUUCAACUCUCACACUCGCAUUUUUAAUUCAUCAAUAGAAUUAUACUUACAUUUUCACUCCUUUGUCUCGAUGCUUUUUGCAAAACCAUUUAUUUAGAUUUUUUUCGGUCCACCUAUGAAUGUUUUUCAAAAAAUAAAGUUUUCUAAACAAGGUAUAAAAAUAAUUUUGCCUAUUGAUCAAUUAUUCCUCGUGCAUAUUCAGAAAAGAAUUAUAUAAAAUAUUCUAUCAUCAAUUUUCUUACCUAACAAUCUAUAACUGUUGUCUAUAAACCACUGCCAACUACCUUCAAAAUCUAUAGAGUCAAAGGUCAAAGACCAUAAAAUCAUUUUGUCAAAGGUCUGUCCCUGCAGUUAUCAAUAUUAUGUAUGUACUGUAUGUCUUUGUAAGUCAAGAACAAUAUCAAGCUUUAAUAAAGUUUAGUAACUAUUGUAGCUGGACAUUGAUUUCCAUAGCAAUUUCAAAUGCAGAACACUGCACUCUUUGUCUCACUGCCCUUUAUUUUGUGUACUGCACUCUAUCAUGUAUACUGCCCUCUAUUGGUGUUGCUGAUUGUACUAUGGAUCAAUAGACCAAUAUCUGUAUUUAUAUGUGUAAGAUGAUAUUAGGAGUGGUCUGGUUAACAAAUGGAGUUAUAUCAAUGUUUUAAUUACACUAAAGAAAGUAAUACCGAAAAUUGUUGAUUUUAAUACUGUAUAAGAAAGUGAAAGUGUGUUAAAUAGGUAUGCUUCAAUAUAAAUUCUAUGUAUCUUUAUUAUUUUUAAUAAUAGUAAUGAUAAUACUGUAAUAAAAAUAAAAUAUUCAAUUAAAGUGGCUUAAAAUAUAUACUUAUAACUGCUAUUAUCAUUAACAUUAUUACUGUAAUUAUUAUCAUUAACAUUAUUAUUAGUAGAAUUAAAAUAUGUAGUUCUGUUAUUAUCAUUAAGUGUAUCUUGAUGUGUUGUUCGAUGUGUUGAUAUUUUACUUUAUAAGUAAUAGCCCAGAUCUUGGUAAAUUCAUGAUCAACUUAUAAAUGUUUAUCACUUAUUAUCACAUAAAAUAUUUCAGAAAUAGAGAGGAACAAUUGAGUUGAGGAAAAUUUUAUGAAAAACAAAAUUACUUGCAGGAAAACAUGGUGCUAUGUUUAUACCAGUUACCAUGGUAAUCAUUUCAGGAAUUAAGACAAUAAUACAGGUUUUAAACUAUGCUGGUCAUCUAUUUAUUUUCAAUGGAAUUGUUUCCUUUUGUUCUUCCUAGCAAGGUUAAGAGCUAAAAAAAUGAAAAGAAAUUCAGUAUAAACACAACCAGGUUGAACACAAAGAAAUGACCGGCAAGCACUGGUCCUAAGGUAUGUCCAGGCUACCUCUGAUUUUCCCAUACAUGUGUGUGAUAUUGUAUUAUGCCCAUAUAUGGGUAUUACAUCAUCAUGCCCAUAAUAAAGAAAUCAAAAAUAUUUGUCAGAGUGACUGAGCUUUAAUCCUGAAACAAGAAAAAAAUCUUGGCAGACGUCAUGUAGGAAUGCCAGUCGGAGAGAUUCCUGUGUCCGUGCAGUCUUAAAUCUUGUAUUGUGAAGACAAACCAUUGUUUAAAGAAACAAAAAUAAAAUAUACAUUUUUUUUUUUUAGAAUUUCAAAAAUGUUUAAUUUAGAAGUUGUGUUGGUGUAGUAUAUUAUAACAGGUGAUGAUCACUGGUUAUAAGAAGUUCGUUAUUUUGAAUAGUGAACAAUAUAAUGAAAACUCUGAUGUGUAAAGGGCUUAGUAAAUCAAGUAGUUAAACUUUUAUGACAUGGUUACCAAUACAGUACCAUUGUUAUUGCUACCAUGGAUUCAUGGUGUCCCUUUGUAAAGGUUACUGUACCUUGGGUAUUGGUUCAUACCAUGGUUUAUUGAUUGUCAUAUCAUUACAAUGGUUUCAAAACCAUGAUCACUGUUUCCAUACCAUAGGCGCCAUUACCUUUCCCAUGUGUCAGUUUGCAUAUCAUUGGUUGCCAUACUAUUGUUUCUGUUUCUAUACCUUGUUAUUGGUUGCUUUACCAUGGUGUUAGUUUGCAUAACAUAUUGGUUUCCUUACCAUGGUGGCAAAUUUUAAAAAAUUCAUCUCGAUCAAAUAUAUAUUAUUUGGUUUUUCUUUAUUUUUUUUUCGAUGCUCCAGAAAAAAAUGUUUAUAUUACUUCCCAUACCAUAGUUUCAAUUGGUAUACUGUGGUAUUGGUAAGCACACCAAUACCACAGUAUGUUCAUGGUUUUUGUAAGCUAUGGUACCUAACAUCAGGACAUCAAUAUUGCAUUAAUAAUGUUGAUUGAACUAUUAUCAUGGUGCAACAAUUACUAUCUAGAACAUUAUUCUUUUCUAUUGAGACAAUGCAAUAACCUGUUUCAAUAUUUUGUAGUUUCGAUAGAUUGUUUUUAAUAACAUUAUGUUCUAAAUCUCAAAGUUACUUGUGUUCUUUGAUUUGACAUUAUUUUGAUGUAUGUAAAUUAAAUUGUAUGAAAAUGUAGCAAAUAAAAAUACUUGUUUCAAACUAGGAUUCAGGCAAAGUAAAUAGUUGCUAUAUAUGUCUCAUGGCUUUCUAAUAAAAGAAAAUUACAGUGAAAUGUA